GUUUUGGUAACUUUUAUAUAGUGAAAUUUUAAUAUUGGAAAUCCUGUUUAGUGUAGUACGCAGUCAACUUGGCCAUUUCAUCAGUUGCUAUACGGACAAAAUGUCGGCUCACAAAACAUUUAUUAUCAAACGAAAACUUGCUAAGAAAUUAAAACAAAACAGACCGAUUCCGCAAUGGGUCAGAAUGCGAACUGGCAAUACUAUUAGAUAUAAUGCUAAACGGCGUCAUUGGAGAAGAACCAAGUUGAAACUAUAAAAUAAAUUUAUGUAUUUGCUUCACAUUUAUUAUAAUAUAUUAAUUAUUAAUUUUUAAAUAAAUUCUAAUUGUAACAUUA